UGUCAACCGUUCCUGACGCCAAACGGAUUCCGAUUCAAAUAUUUGAAUUUCGAAAACCGGAUUCGGUUUUUAGGCAUAAACUUUUCAAAGAAACUGAGACGUGAACGUGUGUCAUAAAAGUUGUAUGGAUUUUUUGUGAUAAUUAUUUCAACUUUCAUCGUCUUAACUACGAUAAACUGAUGCUGUAGACUGGUAUAUAAUCUCUUUCAACGCUCAGCUUCUAUACUAAACUUUAUAAUCUAUACAUUGUCAAUGUCUUUCUGACAUUCGAGCCGAACUCUAGUACUUGUAACGUAAUAAUAAAUAAUUCGGUAAUUACAGUUUUCGGGUGGGACAAAAUUGGACAGUGCUAAAAAACUAUGCGGAUAGAAACCUUUGAAAGAUAGUAUAUUUUGUUCGUGUUGUAAAAAUACUGUGAUAUAGUGAUGACGUCGUUUUGUGUACGUGUUUGGACCGCUUGGGUAGUUCUAUGCUUUCUGGGGCAAAUCUCGGGGUUGGACAAUGGGUUGGCGUUGACUCCGCCGAUGGGGUGGCUUGCGUGGGAGAGAUUUAGGUGCAACACAGACUGCAAAAAUGAUCCCGAUAAUUGUAUUAGUGAUCGUCUCUUCCGUACGAUGACUGAUCUGUUAGUGUCGGAAGGGUACGCCUCCGCCGGGUACGAAUACAUCAACGUGGACGAUUGCUGGCCUGAGAGAGAGAGGGAUCAUCGUGGAAAACUCGUGCCGGACAGAGAACGCUUCCCUUACGGCAUGAAGAGCCUUUCUGACUAUGUACAUAGCAAGGGUUUGAAGUUUGGCAUUUACGAAGACUACGGUAACUUCACUUGUGCCGGAUACCCCGGUGUUGUCGGCCAUCUUGCUGGAGACGCGGCAACAUUCGCGCAAUGGGGCGUGGACUACGUAAAACUGGACGGGUGCUACGCUUUGCCAGGAGACAUGGAUUAUGGCUACCCGGAAUUUGGACGUCAACUCAACUUGACGGGGAAACAGAUGGUCUACUCUUGCAGUUGGCCUGUCUACCAAAUCUAUGCUGGCAUACAGCCGAAUUUCUCAUCGAUCAUCGAACACUGCAACCUGUGGCGUAAUUUCGACGACAUCCAGGACUCGUGGGCUUCCGUCGAGUCUAUUAUAGACUACUACGGAAACCACCAAGAUGCCAUCGUACCGAACGCCGGUCCUGGCCACUGGAAUGAUCCAGAUAUGUUGAUCAUCGGAAACUUCGGCCUAUCCUACGAGCAGAGCAAAACCCAGUUUGCGAUCUGGGCAAUCCUGGCAGCGCCUCUGCUAAUGAGUGUGGACUUGAGGACGAUCAGGCCGGAGUACAAAGCGAUCCUUCAGAAUAGAAAGAUCAUUGAAGUCGACCAAGACCCACUUGGCAUUCAGGGUAGACGGAUAUACAAGCAUCGAGGUAUCGAGAUUUGGUCCCGCCCGAUCCUGCCCAUUCAGGGCAGUCACUACUCAUACGCCGUGGCGUUCGUUAACAGACGGACCGACGGCACUCCCUCUGACGUCGCCGUGACGCUUAGGGAAUUGGGCCUUAACAACCCAGCUGGAUACAGAGUUGAGGACCUAUACGAAGAUGUUGACUAUGGAGUGCUCUCCCCACAGACGAAGAUAAAAGUGAAGGUCAACCCCUCAGGUAGUGUCGUGAUUCUUCGUGCGGACGCGCAACCGUCGUUCGCGUACAACGCGAUACCGACCCGGACACCGUAUUCACAGCUCAACGACGUCUUUAGACUCACUAAGAAAUAACCGCCAUCUAGCGGAAGCCAAUGGAUCAACAUAAAACUUACUUUCUUCAAUUCGUUCGGUGCGACAUGAUCUCCACACUGGAGUGAUCCAUCGUGAAUGAUUCUUCUAAAUGUGUCAUUCAUAAGGCACUAGAUAAUUGUAGACAUAGUGGUUUCAUUUUUCGCCACACUGACCAUGGUCUAAUAAAUAAUGCCGUUUUUGAAAUUGUUGGCGAAUUAAUUUUCUGUUUAAGUUCUUGUUUAAGUAGGUAAGUAUAAUUUGUAAAAUGUUUAUUUAUAAAGUCGUGCCGGAUGAAUGUGAAAAGAGUCUAAUCUAGCUCUACAAGUACAAUAAUCACAUUCUGUUCUUUUUUCUUUCGAUUGGUGUGAAAGAUAGUUACCAGUACUGUCUUUAGUCUUGCCUGUAGGAUAUAUUUUAUUUAUGUUUCGUACUCAUUAGAAUGAUCAAUUGAGCAGUCGCAUGAAAGGAGUUCCCUUCUUUAUACCCAUAAAUAGACAAUAUAUUAAAUGUGCCUAAGAAACAAAUCUCCCUUUCUCGUAGUUGUGUGAUCUAUUAUAUCUUUUCCAAAUAGUUUAUGAGAAUGGGCUCGGCAAGCUACCCUGGGGAACUCUUUUUUUGGAUAGGCUUUUUAAUUUUGUAACAAAAUACG